AUGAAAAAUCUGUUGGCAUUGAAUCAACCGUCGCAUGCUACUACUGUUUCAGAAGAACAGGAGGUUCCUGUCGUCGUUCCUGCUGCUGCCGCCGUUUUCCCGGCUGCACCUGCUACUCCCACUGCUGAUGCCACGGAGGCUGCUGCCACUAUUAAGUUUCGGAUACCAGAUACACGCGCUCAAAAUGGAAUUCAGCUAGCACAUUUGAUCUUAUUGAAUUGUAUGCUGAUUACAACAAGCGGUUGGAGUCCAAUCUCUAAGUGUUAUGCUCUCCGUGCUGCCUUCAGACAUCGCAAUGAUAGGUUAAAUCCAACUGGUACGGCACCGAUUGAAAACUGGGUUUACCAUGAUGCGAUGGAGAACCCCACCAGUGAGGUGCCCACCGUGACGCCAACUACUGUGUAUUCCUCUCUUGCUGGAGAAACGAUAGAUAAUCGUGGUGAAGUUGCGGUGCUAGACGA